AUACCGGUAAGAAUCUUGCAUACACUUUACGCCAAGUCAUACAAGAUUGGGAUAUCACAAAUCAGAUUGGUACUAUCAUCUGUGAUAAUGCUACGAAUAAUGACACUUGUAUAAAGCAUCUAUUCCCUCAGCUUGAUUCCUCAAUGACUGAUAAAGAUGCUAUUGACCGGCGAAUGCGAUGCUAUGGUCAUAUUCUUAACCUUGUUGGCCGGGCCUUCCUCUAUGGUGAGGACAGUGAAACCUUUGAGCAAGAGUCACAGGUUCUUGACCUUACCGAUCGUCUUGAUGAUGACCUCCGACAUUGGAGGAAAAAAGGGCCAAUCGGCAAGCUUCGUAACAUCAUCAAAUUCAUCCGAAGCUCGCCUCAGCGCAGUGAAAGAUUAAAACAAUCUGCCUGUGAAUUGGAUACAAGCGAGGGAUUUACUAUAUAUGAGCCGUCAACUCGAGAGCUGGAGGUCAUAAUAAAUAACAAUACAAGGUGGAACUCGACAUAUAUGAUGAUUGAUCGUGCUCUUACAAAGCAGACACAUCUUCAGACUUUCUUAAUUGAGAAUAAGCUUGAGGAUGAUCCUCAAAGUCAGAUUCCAGAGGACGAUAUCUUAUCAUCAGAAGACUGGCGGCUGCUUGUGGAAAUCAAGGAAAUUUUAGAACCACUUUAUCUCCAAACAAUGCGAUGUCAAGGUUGGGGCAAAGGCGAUAGCCAUGGCCGGCUCUGGGAGAUCAUAACUGGCCUUGAGUAUCUUCUUGAUCAUUUUGAAGAUUCGAAGACAUUUUUCACCACGCCAGCUAAUAGGGAUAUCCAAUUAUCGCAAAGCCAAUCACCAAUACCACAUCCAAGAAAGCUACGAUAUAGCCAAAAGGAAACACAAUUAAAACAGUCAUCAAAUAGCUUACCUCGACAUACAAGAUCUGAAUACUCUCCUUCGAAUUAUCAGCAACAAGACCGUCGCUCUAAUCUUCGUCAAGACUCUCAUGCCUAUUUACAAAUCUCAAUCACAAAUGCAUGGCAGAAGUUGAAUGACUACUAUAUUAAGCUUGGAGACUCACCUCUUUUCGCUGCAGCAGUUAUACUACAUCCUAACUACAGUCUUCGCUGGCAACAGGAACGUUGGAAUGGAAAGGAACAGCUUAUAUGGCUUUAUGAUGCCAAGAAAGGUCUGGAAGACUUCUGGGAACGUUGGUAUCAUCAUGAUAUUCAUUCUCGACUUACCGAAGAAUAUACAAGCCAGAAAACUAAUAUCAUAGCUACCCAAUCAUCUCAUGAGGAUAGCCGAUAUCAGCAAUGGUUGAAUAGAAGAACAAUAAGGCUUUCAGAUGAUAGCUCAGAGCUUGAUCGAUAUUUCAGGCUCGAUCUACCUCAACGAGUAGAUGAUCCUGUUCAAUGGUGGAUAUCACAUCAAGCAUCAUUUCCAACUCUUAGCAAGCUUGCUUUGGAUAUAUUUGAAAUUCCAGCCAUGGCUGCAGAUUGUGAAAGAGCAUUCAGCUUGGCUAAGCUGACAUUAACAUCACAAAGACUUUCGAUGUCGUCAUCAACCUUGGAAAAGGUUCAGUGCUUGAAGAAUUGGAUGCGGAGAGGUGCAGUAUCUAUUGGAGACUUCAAUUUUGUAGAGUCAAUACCAGACACUAUGUAA